ACGCCUGAGGGGCGCCGGUCCCCGCGGCGCGUCGCUCCCCGCCCGCUCCGAAGACCAGCGGGCUCCCGCCCUGCCGCGGCCAUGGGCCAGCGCCUCGUGCUCCCGCCGGCCCCGCCCCCCCGCCGGCCGCGCGCCGCGGCGGCGCCCCGCGCAUGCGCAGCCGCCCGGGGCUUCCGGCAGCGCUGCGGGGCCGGCGGUACCGCGGGGCGGAUGGGUGGCGGAGCGGCGGCGGGCGGCGGGCGCGGGGCCCCGGCGGCUCUGCUGUCCUGCCUGCUGGCCGUGCUGCCCCUGCGCUGCGGAGGCCAAGCUAAUCUGAAGAGUCCACAGGAUAUUCAGGUCUACAUUGUAAAUACAAAUUUCACUCUAAGUUGGAACUACACUGGGAAUGAUACCGGUGUGACAUUUUCAGCAGAAUACCGGUGGUUUGAAGAUUUUGAUGGGAAUGGAACAGAAUGGAAGGAGUUGCCUGGGUGCCAAAAUGUUACUCGCAUGGAAUGUGACUGUUCCUCAGCAAUAACCAAAUACUAUGAGACGCAUCACGUGCGUGUAAGAGCUGAAAGAAGGGAAGAAGUGUCUCCAUGGUCUAGCACUUUUGAAAUGAUUCCAUAUUUUAUAGCUCAGAUUGGUCCCCCAGGAGUAGAGUUGCAGUCCACAAAUGGGGUCAUAAAAAUUAAGGUUUCUCCUCCAGAAGCAAAUCGGGUCCGAAAAAUGUGGAUAGCUCAUCUAAGUUUUAAAUACAAUCUAGUUAUCUGGGAAAAUUCGUCAAAUGCAGAGUUCAGAAGUCAAACAAUUUUUCCUAAUCACGUAAUUGAUGAUCUUGCACCAGACACUACCUACUGUUUGAAAGUUCAAGCAACUCUUCCUUUGGACUCAAAAGAAGGCUUAUUCAGUCCUGUUCAUUGUGUAAAAACUACUCGUAAAGUGACUGACCUAUUCUGUGCAACAAAUGUGAGAGUUCUUGCUUUGAAUAUGAAAUUUCAUCUGCAUUGGAAUAACACAUAUAAACAACAUGUGACCUACAAUGUACAGUAUCUCAUUGGGUAUCUAAAGAAACUUGAUGAUGAUUACUCAAUGAAAUGGCUCAAUGUACCUGGAUGUGAAAACAUCACCAAUACACAAUGCAAUUUCUCCUCUAUCAUUGCUACUACUUUUGGAUUUUAUUAUCUCCGUGUGCAGGCCAUGAGUGAAUAUAAUAAAUCAUGUUUGUCUAAUGAAGUGAAAGUAGAUCCUCUGAUAACAAAUGAGAUUGGCCCUCCUGGUGUAGAGGUGGACAUCAGUGAUGUUUUGCUCCAUAUCCAGAUUUCUCCUCCAGGAGGACCUGAGUGUGAAGUCAUGAGGGACCGUUAUGAGUUGUCUUACCGGAUUCUGUAUUGGAAGAAUUCAUCAGAUAAUGAGGAGGAAAUCAAAAUGAAAGAGAUAAAACAGACAAUAGGGACAGUCUCUGAUCUAACACCCUUGACUUGGUACUGCGUAAAAGUACAAGCAUUCUCAAAAGUCUACAACAAAAGCAGUCCUUACAGCAAAGAGGAAUGCAUCAAAACACCUGGAGAUAAAGUUUUACCUCUGAUCAUUUUGGCAACAUUUGUAGCUGCCCUGAUUGUUGUCUUGUUUGUGGCUACACCACUUGUUUUUGCCCUGUAUCAAGUCUACAAUAAAAUAAAAUAUGUGUUAUUUCCAUCAUGCCAGCCUCCUUUGAACAUAGAGGGUUUUGGCAGGCAGCAAUUGAACUGUCCUUAUCUGUCAACUGCAGAAGAACCAAUAGAAAAUUGUUCUAUAAUUGAGACUAUCAUCACAGAAGAAGUAAAUCAAGCUGAUUUUACAGAAUACAAGCAUUCUAAACAGAGCAGUCGAGAUUCAGGGAAUUAUUCUAACGAUGAUGAUACUUCAGGGAGCAAAGCAUCAGAAGAAAUGCUAGAAAAGGAAAUAGCAUAACUCCUAAGAAAAUUAACAUAUGGGACUGACAGAGUAAUAAACACUUAAAACUUUUUUUUUAUGAAAGUUGCAGCCUAAGGAAGACAGUGUGACUUUGGGAUCUUUGUCUCCAGGUUUCCAAAUCUGCACUUUUAGUGGAAACUUACACACCCUCUCUGCUGCAAACUGACUGGAGUUAAAAUGCAGUUGACUCUUUUUGUGCCACUUUGACUGACUUUUCAUCAUAUGAUAAAAAGAAUGCCAUCUACAUAAAGAGGAGCAGAUCUGUACACUUUAUAUACUGAAACCUGGUAACCUCAGCAAAAACCUACUCUGUUCCACAAGAAUUUCUCACUGUCCUAGAGGUUUAUUUUGAAUGCCAGUAUGUACUGUGACAGAAGCCUUACGUUCCAGGAUUGGAUCUUACAGUGUUUACACAGGCAGAAGGAAGUUGAUGCUGGAUACAAUUUUAAGAACUCUUCUGACAUUCUCUUCCAGCCCCCUUGGGGGAGGUGCUUUUUGGCUUAGCAAUUCCAGAGCAAAAGAUGCAAAGAAAUGAACAGUAGCCUCAGUGAGAUGGCUUUUCUGAGCCUUCUUGUAGAAUUCCUUGUGGCCAUGGCUGCAGGAUGCUCCCAGUGCUCUCUUGCUUGUUCAUGUAUCUGUGUCCCUGCAUCAGAGUGCUUUUCUCCCACAGCACACAGUAAUCUGGGCAAGUAUGGGGAGGAAAACAGGCAGGAAGGAGCUUUGUUUCACUUUACUAUGAAGAAAAAAUUCAUAGUGGAAGUUCUUUGUAAAUAGAGGGUGGGGCAAAUUGUUUUGUGCUGGUUUUAGGGUUAAAAAAACCCAACAAAUAUCCAACCCAGAUGUACACCAAGAAGAAACUAAAGAAUACUGUUACCUGAAAUGACAAGGUGUGUUAAGAGGCUUGUUAUUGAUUAUAUUCCCUGCCCCACCCCGCGCCCCAUGGCUACAUAACUAGAAUUGCAAAGUACUUACUUCCAAAUACAAUUCAAUUAGAAAUGUGACUCUUUGAACAAGGAAGAAACUUAUUUCUGUAAUUAGAAGGAUCCAAGUUGAAUUUAUAAAAUGGCUUUUAACAGACUGGUGAGGAUGCUUGUCAUUCAAAGCUUUUUCACCGUAGUCUCGUUUUGUCAACAGACUUUUCUUUGUACAAAUUAUAAGGAUACGCUGCAAUGCUGUUUCAAUUUGCAUGCCACUUUCUUCUGAAGGAAUUUUUUAAGUAGCUUAUUUUUUUAUGAAUGGCUUCGAGCUUCAUGUGGGCUGUUGUUUAUUGUAACAAGCAACUAUUGUUUAUAUAUAAUUUUUUUAAUUUUGAAGAUGUGAUCUGAUUUUACAAAUGUUAUGCUCCUGUGUUCAUUGAAGAACAUUGAAGAACAUAAUAAAUUUUGCACAUUUACUUCUUUA